AUGCCUUCGCGCACACGCCAAGGUCCUCCUGAUGAGGUAGACGACGAUUCGGGUCUUCGCAGCCUGUCCUUUAACCAGCCACUCUCAUGGCGCGCCGGUCGCUCCGCGAUUCCAAUCGCGGAUCUGUUGGAACGUCUACAGACUCUCGCGCAGGAACUUCGGAAACUCGAACAGGAAGAGAUUGACAAAGACUCUUUGACCAAGGUCUCACAGGAGCUAGCCGAUAGCCAUCUACUCGCGCACAAAGAUCGAGGUGUUCGAGCUUGGGCCACUUGUUGUAUUGUUGAUGUGUUGCGACUUUGCGCGCCGGAUGCUCCCUUUACACGGAAUCAGCUCAAGGACGUUUUCACCUGCGUGGUUUCCUCCAUUAUCCCCGCGCUGGCCGAUCCAUCGAAUGCCUAUAAUGCGCAACACAUCUACGUUCUCGGCUCGCUUGCCGAGGUGAAGAGUAUUGUUCUGAUGACUGAUCUCGACCACCCGGACUCGCUUAUUGUUCCUCUCUUUACCACCUGCUUCGAUAUUGUCUCCGGAUCUUCCAAGGCCUCCACCGGUGAAGAAGUUGCCAAGGGUGUCGAAUUUGACAUGACGAGGCUUCUUGUGACAGUCAUUGAUGAGACUCCAGUUCUGGCAGCAGAGGUGGUGGAUACGAUCGUCGCUCAAUUUUUACGAGUCGACCCUCGAGUCUUGGAUAAUCCGAAAAAGGGCAAGCGGGCUGAAGCAGCUUUCGAUGCCAAGCAGGAUACCCUCCUGUUGAAGGACUAUCCCCCAGCCUACAACAUGGCCAAAGCGAUCUGUCAAGCUUGCCCCGAGCGGAUGACAAGUCACAUCAGCCAGUACUUCAACAAUGUCAUCAUCGAUGCCUCCGCCCCGAAAAACCACACGAAUGGGAACAAGAACGCUUCCCGCAAGCCAAACCUCGACGACUCGGAUGAUGAGGGAGAAGACAUCAAGGAAUUGAGCAAAGCACACCGCUUGAUUCGGGAACUAUGGCGGGCCUGUCCGGAAGUUUUACAAAACGUCAUUCCUCAGGUCGAGGCUGAACUAUCCGCGGAAUCUGUGGCUUUGCGAUUGCUUGCGACCCAAACAAUUGGUGACCUUGCUGCGGGCGUCGGGGUCGCGGGACCUCCUCCACCCCCUGCGAUGGAUCCUGCGGCGUAUCCACCGGUGACUCUGCAAGAGUUGUCGCAAAGGGUGACCCAAACCAAUGUCCUUCUUACGCCAAUCUCUCCCAAGCCCUUCUCACAAGUACACAGCUCAGCGUACAGCGCCUUCUUGAGCCGCAGACUCGACAAGAAUCCGUCUGUACGUGCUGCAUGGGCAACCGUGGUCGGUCGAAUCCUGUUGACUUCAGCGGGAGGGUCUGGCCUCAGUGAACAGGAGGAACAGUCCCUUGUGAGCAAUCUAGCAGCCAUGCUUCGUGACGCAGAUGAGAAGGUCCGUCUCGCGGCGGUAGACACUGUCGGUCAUUUUGGACUUUCAGACGUCGUCCACAAAUUAGGAACCAAGGGCGGAUGUUCGUCGGACGGCUCUGUUCUUGCCAUUCUUGCAGAACGCGUGAAAGAUCGCAAACCUCAAGUUCGCGAGCGCGCAAUGAAGAUUCUCGCUCGUAUGUGGGCCGUGGCCGCCGGCGAGAUCGAACAAAACACCGAGCCAGUGGUCUCGCUCUUGGAGGACGCGCCGACGAGAAUUUUUGAUGCCUUCUACACUAACGAUCUGGAGAUUCAUAUCUUGAUUGAUCGAUCCAAACUCUCUCGGUCCGCAUCAAACCAGUCGCAGAAGCAGAAGGAUUCCCAGACCACCGAGUCCGAGCAAGAAACCGACGUUGACAAAAUUCGCGUUCGCCGGAUAUUGACUUUACUACGUGGCUUGGAUGAAAAGGCGCGCAGAGUCUUCUUCGUCAUGAUUGCUCGUCAAUUGUCAAUGAGAUCGGCCAUGACCAUGUACUUGGAAGCCUGCGAGAAGUACAAUGGUGGUGUCACCGACAAGAAUGAGAGCCAAGCGAAGGCUCAGCUCUCACGGGUCAUUGAUUCAUUAUCCAAGACCUUUCCAGACGCUUCGCGUGCCUCUGCCGAUCUCUGGAAAUUCGCCAAAGGCCAUGAUCGUCGUAGCUACCAGCUGAUAAGGUUCGCUAUGGCAGUAGUCAGUGACCACCGCACUGUGAUCAAGGCCAUCCGAGAGUUUCAAAGACGUGCGCAGAGCGCCAGCAACUCACCUCUUCUCGAGACUAUGACAACUUUGCUUUAUCGCUCUGCAUCUCUUGUCUUCAACCGCAGUCACAUUCCCGCGAUCAUGACACUAUCGCGAACUGACGAGAAAGGCUUGGCCAAUGCCGCACAGGAGAUGCUCAAGCAAAUUUCCUCCCAUAAUCCGGAGGUGCUAGAGGCGCAAGUCCAAGAAAUGUGUAAAGACCUCGAGGCGCAAGCUCCGAAUGCUAAUUCCUCCGGCGAUCCGAGCACAAAGGAGAUUCUCAAGGCAUGUGCGGGAUUUGCGAAGAAGCUGCCCGAUAAGCUUCCCAAGGAGCGCAAGUUCUACCAGGCUCUGGUGAACUACGCCUUAUACAGCAGCUCCCCUGCUGCCGCCAAACAUGCUGUGUCGAUCCUCAUGGCCACCGCUGAUCGCAAAAUGAUGUACACAAAAGAACUCGUCUCCAAAUGUGUCAAGAAGUGGUCAUACGGAUCUGAGCAUUUCCUGACUCGUCUUGCUGCACUAUCACAAUUGAACCUCCUCGCUCCGAGAGAGGCCGAUGGGGAGAGCGAUGCCAUAAUCUCGAUCGCGAUCAAUCAAGUACUCUUGACCAAUCGUGCCCCUGAGCAGGAAUCCGGUUACACCUGGUCUGAAACUGUAGAUGAGGAGACUGAGGCCAAAGACUGGGCACUCAGAAUUAUUGUGAACCGCCUUCGCGCCAAGGAUGGAUCAGAUGAUGACGACGAUUUCCGUGCCCACGCUGAGCCAGUAUUUGACACGUUGAACAAACUAAAAUCCCGUCUUCGCCUUACUGCGGCAAAGUCCCUCAUCAAACUAUGCGCCUCUGGAACGCUGUGUGACCAGCUUCUAACCCCUAUAAACUUCAAUUCUGUGGCUCUUGUGGCGCAAGAUCGACUUCUACCAGUUCGCAGCGCAUUCAUCAACUAUUUGAAGAAAAAAUUGGUGCAAAGGAACCACCUUAGCCAUCGAUGGUACAUUAUUCCUUGCCUGUUAGCAUUUGAGCCGAGCAGGACACUCAAGGAUUCCACGCUUAUCUGGCUUCGCUCUCGUGCUUCAUUCUUCGCCCAACAGGCGCAAGCGAGUGGAAAAAAGAACGAACAGACCAUGGUCAUGGAGCUAGUCUUCUCCCGUCUCUUGUCCUUGCUGGCCUAUCACCCUGACUAUCCUUCCGACGACCUUGACGAGUCAACCCGACUAGGCGAUUUGAGUGAUUUCGCACAGUACAUCGUCUAUUACCUAGCAGCGGUGGCCAACGAACAGAAUCUCUCCUUGAUCUUCCACGUAGCUCAACGCGUCAAGCAAUUCCGUGAUGGCAUCACCAAAUCAGACGAGAUCUCCACCCGUCUGCACACCCUAUCUGACCUUGCGCAGGCGACUAUUCGCCGAUUCGCCGACAUCUACUCGCAGCAGCACAAGUUUGGAGGAGCAAGCGGCGGAGCAACGAAUCUGCUUCAAACAUACCCCGGCAAGAUGGGUGUUCCUAGCUCUCUUUUCGUGUCAAUGAGUAGCCACCGCGAAGCUCAAGACGUUGCAGACAAGAACUUCCUUCCUGACGAGAUCGACGAGCUGCUUGACCGUGUCGUUCGUGUUGCCAUGAAGCCGAGGAACACUUCUCACGGUGCGCAUAGUGGCUCCGCCAAGAAGCGGAAGACUGAGCCAGUCGAUGGGAAUGGUACCCCGUCUGCAUCCAAGAAGGCCCGCAAGGAGAAAGGCACGCGGGCAGGCCGAAAGUCAACCUCGUCUGUUGGGGUUCCGUCAAAGCCAGCUCGUCGCAAGCGUGGUGAGGACGACGAGUGGCCCUCGGACGCUGGUCCUGAAGAGGACAAACCCCAGUCCUCGUCGCACCGUCGGCGAAGUAGCCGGGGUGUGGUCAAGCAAAGCGUUAGUUAUGCUGAUCAGGAUAGCGACGAAGACGACGAAGAGAUGCAGACGUGGCAACAGGCUCAAGCGGCCAAUGAUGAGGAAGAAGACGACCACACCGGGGAUGACGACGAGGCCGGCGAAGACGGCGAGGCUUCGGCUCCUGAUGAGAAAAUGCAAGAUCUCGGCGAGGACUUGAGCGAGAAAGAAAAUUCGCCUCCUGUGCCACCCAAGCGUGGCCGGGGAAGACCAAAGUCUACUGCUUCAGGCCCCAAGCCCAGUCCUCGUGUCAAGCAGUCGACUACAGCCGCUUUGCCGACUCGUCGGUCUUCUCGUCGUGGGUGA